AUGUCAACUUCUACUGAAUCUUCAAAUUUACAAACACCAAUUCAACCUGAUCCUGUUAUUCAAACAUAUACAUUUCAACAAAAACAAAAUAAUUACAAUAAAUUAUUAAAGCAAUUAGGUGAUAUUGCUUCAACUGUAGAAAAAGCUGUUCAAGAUGCAUUAAAAAAUUUAAAACUCGAUACUGAUUUACAAGUGAUUAAAGAUGCAAUUAAUAAAAUUGAUAAUGAAGAAGUUAAAAAUCUUAUUAAUUCCAAAACAAAUAAAAUAUUACAAAAAUUUAGUGAUGUUCAGAUGAGAAAAGCAAUUCCUAUUUCCAAUUCAAUCGCCUCAGAAAUCUUUGUACUGCAAUGA